AAAACAGAAAACAACGCAAUCCAUGUUGGCUACACAGACAGAACGAAACCGUACAUUGAAGAUAAAUUUAUAUUUUGAGUGUGGUUUUAUUCAUUGGGGUUCAAGAGUCGAAUGGAUUUUUGACUUUUCUGCACUUUAUUUUAACGAGAAAUCUUUUUUUUUAAGAUGGUUUUACAAAACAGCGGACGAUACCGGUCGGACCGUGGGCAAAGUGGAGCAGAUCAGGAGAACCAGGGUGACGGCUCCUCCAUGUCAGCCGCCAAGCGGCUGGAGCGCAGCCAGUUCACCGACGACAUGGACGCUCGCUUCGGCUUCGACAGGAUGAAGGAGCCCGGRGAGAGGACGGGUUGGCUGAUCAACAUGCACCCUACAGAGAUUUUGGAUGAAGACAAGAGGAUGAUCAGUGCUGUGGACUAUUAUUUCAUCCAGGAGGAUGGGAGCAGAUUCAAGGUGGCUCUUCCCUUCAAGCCUUAUUUCUAUGUCGCUACUAAAAUGAAUUGCGAAAGGGAGGUCAUCUCAUAUUUAUCGAAGAAGUUUCAAGGAAAAGUGGCAAAGCUUGAAAACCUUUCAAAAGAGGAUCUGGAUCUGCCGAACCAUCUGGUUGGCCUGAAGAGAAACUACAUCAAGCUGUCGUUCAACACUGUGGACGACCUCAUCAAAGUCAAGCGUGAGAUUGCUCCGGCCGUACGCAAGAACAGAGAGAGAGAGCAGUCCAACGAUGCCUACACGUCCAUGUUGUCGAGUGCCCUGUCAGGAGGCAGCGUGGCCCCAGCGGAGGAAGACGGGAAGUCUAAGAGUAUUUCAGAUCAGCUGGACAACAUCGUGGACAUGAGAGAGUACGAUGUGCCUUACCACGUCCGAUUGUCCAUUGACCUCAAGAUUCAUGUGGCUCACUGGUACAACGUUCAGUACCGUGGCAGCGCUUACCCACCGGAGAUCGUACGCAGGGAUGAUCUCGUGGAGCGACCGGACCCUGUCGUUUUGGCGUUUGACAUCGAGACCACCAAACUUCCUCUGAAAUUCCCCGACGCAGAGACGGAUCAGAUCAUGAUGAUCUCCUACAUGAUUGACGGACAGGGGUUUCUAAUCACCAACAGAGAGAUAGUCUCUGAGAACAUCGAGGACUUUGAGUUCACUCCCAAACCUGAAUACGAGGGGCCUUUUACUGUUUUUAACGAAGACGAUGAGGCCGCUCUGAUUCAGAGGUGGUUUGAUCACGUGCAAGAAACAAAGCCAAAUAUCUUUGUAACCUAUAAUGGAGACUUCUUUGACUGGCCUUUUGUGGAAACUCGGGCAGCCCUCCAUGGACUGAGCAUGCACAGGGAAAUCGGUUUCCAGAAGGACAGCCAGGGGGAGUACAAGUCCAGUCAGGCCAUCCAUAUGGACUGCCUGAGGUGGGUGAAGAGAGACAGCUACUUGCCCGUGGGGAGUCACAAUCUGAAGGCAGCAGCCAAAGCUAAACUGGGCUACGACCCGGUGGAGCUGGAUCCUGAGGAGAUGUGCCGCAUGGCAACCGAAGAACCACAGACUUUAGCGACCUACUCCGUGUCAGACGCUGUGGCCACGUAUUACCUGUACAUGAAAUAUGUUCACCCCUUCAUCUUCGCACUGUGCACCAUCAUCCCUAUGGAGCCUGAUGAGGUGCUGCGUAAAGGCUCAGGGACUCUGUGUGAAGCCUUGCUCAUGGUGCAGGCCUUCCACGCCAACAUCGUGUUCCCAAACAAGCAGGAGCAGGUUUUCAACAAGCUGACGGACGACGGCCACGUCAUGGACUCGGAGACGUACGUGGGCGGACACGUGGAGGCGCUGGAGUCCGGCGUGUUCCGCAGCGACAUCCCCUGUCGCUUUAAAAUGAACCCAGCUGCGUUUGACUUUCUGCUUCAAAGAGUCGAGAGAACCAUGCGGCACGCCAUCGAGGAGGAAGAGAAACUCCCUCUGGAGCAAGUUACCAACUUUAAUGAGGUGUGUGAUGAAAUCAAGAAGAAGCUGACGUCCUUGAAGGAGGUUCCAAACAGGAUUGAAUGUCCCCUUAUUUACCAUCUGGAUGUUGGAGCAAUGUACCCCAACAUUAUCCUCACCAACCGCCUUCAGCCGUCAGCUAUGGUGGACGAGGCCACGUGUGCUGCGUGYGACUUCAACAAGCCCGGUGCCUUGUGUCAGAGGAGGAUGGCCUGGCAGUGGAGGGGAGAAAUCAUGCCCGCGAGUCGCAGCGAGUUUCACCGCAUCCAGCAGCAGCUGGAGUCCGAGAAGUUCCCCCCUCUGUACCCCAACGGGCCGGCCCGGGCCUUCCACACCCUGAACAGGGAGGAGCAGGCCAAACAUGAGAAGAAACGUCUGGCAGACUAUUGCAAGAAGGCCUACAAAAAGACGCACGUGACCAGGCUGGAGGAGCGGGUCACCACCAUCUGUCAGAGAGAAAACUCCUUCUACGUCGACACGGUCAGAGCGUUCAGGGACCGGCGUUAUGAGUUCAAAGGACUUCACAAAGUGUGGAAGAAGAAACUUUCGGCAGCGCAGGACAGCGGAGAUGCUGCUGAGGUGAAGCGCUGUAAAAAUAUGGAGAUCCUGUACGAGUCCCUUCAGCUGGCUCAUAAGUGCAUUCUUAACUCGUUUUACGGCUACGUCAUGAGAAAAGGAGCCCGCUGGUACUCGAUGGAGAUGGCCGGCAUCGUGUGCUACACCGGAGCCAACAUCAUCACUCAGGCCAGGGAGCUUAUUGAGCAAAUAGGGAGGCCUCUGGAGUUGGACACUGAYGGUAUCUGGUGUGUCCUUCCCAACACCUUCCCGGAGAACUUUGUGAUAAAAACCAGCAAUGAGAAGAAGCCCAAAGUGCCCAUCUCCUACCCGGGGGCCAUGCUGAACAUCUUGGUGAAGGAGGGGUUCACCAACGAGCAGUACCACGAGCUGGUGGAGCCCACCACACUAGACUACAACGUCCGCUCGGAGAACAGCAUCUUCUUCGAGGUGGAUGGACCGUAUCUGGCGAUGAUCCUGCCCGCCUCCAAGGAGGAAGGGAAGAAGCUCAAGAAGAGGUAUGCUGUGUUCAAUGAGGACGGCUCUCUGGCUGAGCUCAAAGGUUUUGAAGUGAAGAGAAGAGGCGAGCUCCAGCUCAUCAAGAUUUUUCAGUCCUCUGUGUUCGAGGCUUUCCUCAAAGGUACCACCCUGGAGGAGGUCUACGCRUCUGUGGCCAAAGUGGCCGACUACUGGCUGGAUGUGCUGUACAGCAAGGCUGCCAACAUGCCUGACGCAGAGCUGUUUGACCUGAUCUCAGAGAAUCGGUCCAUGUCCAGAAGGCUUGAGGACUAUGGAGAGCAGAAGUCCACCUCCAUCAGCACAGCUAAGAGACUCGCAGAGUUCUUGGGAGACCAGAUGGUGAAAGACGCGGGUCUGAGCUGUCGCUAUGUCAUCUCCCGAAAACCGGAGGGUUCCCCCGUCACAGAAAGGUGAAGAAUCCUGUUCCAAGAGUGAGACAUCCUGACUGGCUUCACAAGAAACUCCUGGAAAAGAAUGACAUCUACAAGCAAAAGAAGAUCAGUGAGCUGUUUACCAGUGAGGGCAAGAGACAGGUGACCCACCAGCCUGAAGCAGGUGAAGCCCCAGACAUAGAGGACUUUGGGAUGCCAGCCAGACCUCUGCAGCCCGCCAUCCCCAUCUGCCACAAGAGGAAACGGGCCUCUCAGGGAGACRACAGCCAGGUGGAGUCUCAGGAUGUCGAGCUGACGCAGUCGUGGAGAGAAAUCCUAGGACCUCCCCCGCCGAUGGGAACGACACGGGAGGAGCUUCUUGUUUGGCUGCGCUAUCAUAAGAAAAAAUGGGAGCUGCAGCUGAGGCAAAGGAAGGAGAAGAAGAAGAGGAGGAAGCUGCUGGAYGGUGAAGUCCAACCUGUUGGUGGGGGGGUGAUCAGAGAUGGCCCCUCCACCAGCUUAGGAAGUUUCCUCCGCAGAACGGCCCGCAGCAUCCUGGACAUGCCGUGGCAGAUAGUGCAGAUUGCUGAGACGAGCCACCCUGGUCUGUACAAGCUGUGGGCUGUGAUUGGGAACGAUCUUCACUGCAUGAAACUCAACAUCCCAAGAGUUUUCUACGUCAACCAGAAAGUCCCAAAGCAGGAGGAGGGAGCCGUGUACAAAAAGGUGAACCGGAUGCUGCCUCGGUCCAACAUGGUGUACUACCUGUACCAGUACUCCGUACCAGAGGACAUGUACCAGAAGCACAUCAAUGAGAUCAACGCUGACCUCUCUGCUCCAGACAUCGAAGGCGUCUACGAAACACAGGUGCCCUUGUUGUUCCGUGCGCUGGUGCAGCUCGGAUGUCUCUGCAUGGUAAACAAACACAUCGUGAGGAAUCUGGCCGGCAGGGAGACCGACUCCUUUGAUCUGGAACAUUUGGAGAUGAGGUCUCUGGCCCARUUCAGCUACUUAGAACCCGGAAGCGUUCGCCACAUGUACCUGUAUCAUCACAGCCAAGGUCAGAAGGCUCUGUUUGGCCUCUUCAUCCCCUCUCAGCGCAAAGCUAGCAUCUUCAUCCUGGACACAGUUCGGAGCAACCAGAUGCCCAACCUGAGUAAUCUCUACACAGCUGAGCGCACCGCCCUCCUGGAGAAGAYGACGGAGGAGCUUCUGCCUCCAGAGAAACACACCUUCGAGGUUCGAGCUGAAAACGACAUCAAGGCGAUUUCCCGCUCGCUCCAGCGCAUCCUGCUGAGCUACAAGGAGGAGCGGCGUGGGCCCACCCUCAUCGCCCUGCAGUCUAACUGGGAGUUGCGUCGACUGGCAGCAGGGAUGCCGGUGCUCGAGGAGUUCCCCGUCGUCCCGGUGCACGUGGUCGAUGAGAUCAACUAUAACAUUCUGGACUGGCAGCGCCACGGGGCCAGACGAAUGAUCCGCAACUACCUCAACCUGGACUGCUGCUUGUCUCAGGCAUUUGAAAUGGCCAGAUAUUACCAUCUACCUGUGGGUAAUUUGCCCGAGGACGUGUCCAUCUUUGGCUCAGACUUGUUCCUGGCAAGACAUCUACGAAAACACAACCACCUGCUGUGGCUUUCACCGACAGCCAGGCCCGACCUCGGAGGUAAAGAGGCUGACGACAGUCGACUGGUCAUGGAAAGCGAUGACCGGGGCUCCGUGGAGAUCAACGCUCAGGGAUGUUAUUCCACAGUCUGCGUGGAGCUGGACCUGCAGAGCCUGGCGGUGAACACCAUCCUGCAGUCGCAGCACGUUAACGACAUGGAGGGCGGAGCCAGCCUGGGCGUCAGCUUCGAUGUGAUCCAGCAGGCGUCGCUGGAGGACAUGAUGUCAGGAAACCAGGGCGCCAGCGCUCUCGCUAGCUAUGAUGAGACGGCUCUCUGCUCCAACACUUUCAGGAUCUUGAAGAGCAUGGUGGUCGGAUGGGUCAGGGAGAUCACACAGUUCCGCAACAAGUACGCAGACAACCAGGUGAUACAUUUCUACCGCUGGCUGCGCUCGCCGAGCUCCCUGCUGUAUGACCCGGCUCUGCACCGCACCCUGCACAACAUGAUGAACAAAGUGUUUCUGCAGUUGGCUGCAGAGUUUAAACGUCUGGGCUCAGCUGUGGUUUACGGAAACUUUAACAGGCUCAUCUUGUGUACUAAAAAACGAAGGAUAGAUGAUGCUAUUGCCUAUGUAGAAUAUAUCACCAAAAGCAUACACUCMAGAGAAAUCUUCCACUCUCUGUCCAUCUCCUUCUCCCAGUGCUGGGAGUUCCUGUUGUGGAUGGACCCAGCUAACUUUGGUGGUGUGAAGGGCAAACUGCCAUCCAGUGUCCUGUAUGGAGAGGAAGGAACCAAGCAGAAGAAAAGCAGACAAGGAGAGGAAGACGAGGACGGGAGUGAAGAUGAAGAUSUCGCUGAGGAAGAUGAUGCCGAUGGAGAGCCCGAAGACGUCGAAGACUUGAUUGAAAGCAACUGGAACAUCAUGCAUUAUCUUCCCCAAACAGCUUCCUGCCAGAAAUACUUCCUCAUGAUUGUCUCAGCCUACAUUGCUGCAGUUUACCACAGCAUGAAGGAGGAGCUGAGACGUAACGCUCCUGGAGCCACGCCAAUCAAGAGACGCGGCGGCAGCCAGGCUUCCCAGCAGGCAGUUGGGGACUUGAGCGCACUUCCUGGCAUGAUCUCCUUCUCCCAGGAGUAUGUGGCCAGUGAGCUGACACAGAACAUUUUCACCAUCACCCAAAAGAUCCACAAAAAGGUGACGGGCUCCAGAAAUGUAACUCAGACGUCUGAGCUGUUCCCAGUCCUGCCCGGCUCACACCUGCCGCUGAACAAGCCAGCUCUGGAGUUCGUCAAAUAUGUCUGCCAGGUCCUUUCACUCGAUGCCAACAUUGUGAAUCAAGUGAACAAACUGAAGCGAGACCUCCUGCGUCUCGUGGACGUCGGGGAGUUUUCAGACGAGGCCCAGUUCCGUGACCCGUGUAACUCCUACAUCCUGCCCGAAGUCAUCUGCCACCACUGUAACUUCUGUCGGGACCUGGACCUCUGCAAGGACCCGUCAGUGGCACAGGACGGGUCYGUCUUGCCUCAGUGGUUCUGCUCAAACUGUCAGGUUCAGUAUGAGAAGGACUCGAUUGAGAUGGCUCUGGUGGAAGUUCUGCAGAAGAAACUCAUGAGCUACACACUGCAGGACCUGGUGUGCACCAAAUGCAAAGGAGUGAAGGAGGCAAACAUGCCCCUCUACUGCAGAUGUGCCGGAGACUUCGACCUCACUUAUACAACCAAGAGCUUCUCUGAGCAGAUCACGGUGUUUCGGAACAUAGCAUCCCACUACAGCAUGAGGUUCCUGGACGAGACCAUCGACUGGCUGCUUGUGAUGAGUCCUCAGAUCAGCUGCUAAAUGUGACGCAAAACCCCGAAUGAGGACUCUGAAUCUGGAGGAGAACCGUGUAAAUAUGUCUGAUUCCACGCUUUAUGACUGGAUUCAGGUUUUUGUAUGGAUUUCACAUUUUAAGAUGUUAAUAAAUAAUUACAGCAUAAAUAUUUGAA